AUGAAGAUACUGAUUGCAUUUGACAAGUUCAAGGAUUGUAUUGGUUCGAAGGAGGUUGGUGACUUGUUGGCAAAGUCUAUUGAAUCUAGUUGGCUGGAGCAGACUUGUUCCCUUGAUAUCGAUGUGAUCUCUAUUAGUGAUGGAGGUGAAGGCUUCCUCAAAUCAUUGACACUUCCCCUUGAUCUCACUAUACAACGUUGCAUUGUAACAGGACCUCUUGGCAAUAAGAUUGAGUCAAUGUAUGGAUACAAUAAGGAUAGUGGCAUUGGUGUUGUUGAGAUGGCUUUGGCUUCUGGUAUUGAGCUGGUACCAUCAGAGUCAAGGAACCCUCUGAAUACAACUACAAAGGGCACAGGCGAACUGAUAUCUCAUGCGAUAAACACGAAUGGAUUGAAAAGGAUAAUCAUUGGCGCAGGUGGAUCAGCCACCAACGAUGGUGGACUAGGUGCACUCAAUGCACUUGGUGUCAAGGUCACUCUGAACAAUGGUGAGCAACCUGAUACAAUAUAUGGGAGACACCUUGAGCAACUCGAGUCAGUCGUUAUUGACAACGAUCUCCUGGAACGUCUCAAAGGUGUAACAUUCGAGUUCUCGACUGAUGUCGUGUCACCAUUCGUCGGACCCAAGGGUGCUGUGAACAUCUUUGCCAAACAAAAGGGUGCCAGCUCUGAGGAACGCGUACGUCUCGAGCGUGGAAUGAUCAACUUGAACAAACUGUUUCCAGUGGACAUAAGUCAGGUUGAAGGCACUGGGGCUGCUGGUGGUCUGGCCGGCGGCUUCGUAUCCAUAUUCAACGCGCGCAUAAGGAAGGGCAUCGACUAUGUCUGUCAACUCAUCAAUGUAGAGGACAAGAUCAAGCAAGCUGACAUUAUCAUCACAGGCGAAGGAUGUUUUGAUCGAUCAUCAUUAGAGGGCAAGGCUGUAUCAAAGUUCUUGGACUAUGGCAGGCAAAACCAGAAGAAGGUUAUAAUAAUAUGUGGAGUUAGGAAGGAUAAUGACAAUGAUGAGCAUGAUGCGGACAUCAAGUUGGAGAAAGAUAUAGAUAUUGGACAUGGAGCAACAGCUAUAUUUGAUCUGGUUUCGAGAUAUGGUCGCGAUGAAUCGAUGCACAACAUUGGACAGUGCUUGGAUAGGCUGGUGGCCAGUGACUUGAUUAAAUGCAUCGUUGAGGCACCAUUGUAG